AUGGCUGGGGAAACUCUCGACGCAGAACCCGCGGUCUACUCCGACUUCGUACUCCUAGACAUGCUCAAGAACCAACUGGCGUAUCUCCCCGACCUCAGCGACCUCCGGCCUGAUGCCAACAUCGAAGAUGCGAUCGUCGGUGAGCCCGGGGAGUCGGACCCCGCAGAGGAGGAGCGGCUCCGGGCCGUCCUCCGGAAGCAUCGUAUGAUUUUUUUUGGGAGAAGGGAAUGCACUUCCUCCCCCGCCCGGGGCGUGGUGUGCGACUUGGACGUCGGGGGCGAAAAACCCAUUUCCAUGCGGUCCCGGCGGAUCCCCGCCGACUUACUGUCCAAGGUGUACGAGUUGCUCAAGCGCCUCCUGGAAACGGGCCUGAUCGAAUAUUCCAACUCGGAAUGGGCAUCGGCCAUCGUGCUCGUGAUGAAGAAGAAUGGUACCGACGUCCGCCUGUGUAUCGACUACCGGCUGGUGAACCAGCUCAUUAAAUUGAUGAACUACCCCCUACCCAUAAUCGACGAGCUCAUGAGCAACUUCGCCGCCACCAUGUGGUUUAUGACCCUGGACAUGGCAAGUGGGUUUUGGGCGGUCCCGAUGACGGCCCGGGCUCAGCUGAUCUCAGCAUUCAUUUGCCCGCUCGGACACUUCCAGUGGAAGCGCAUGCCGUUCGGACUCAAGAAUGCUCCGCUGAUUUACCAACAGCUCCUGGACAACUGUCUCUGGGGCUUCGUCCGGCUACCCCGGGAUGAGGAACGACUCUUCGACCCAGAGAUUUCUCCCGGGGACCCGGUCGCCCAGGUAUCCCAGGGCACGGAGCCCCAGGGGGCGGUGGUCUCCAGAACUAGCACCGACACCGUGUUCCAGCAGAACCGGGUCGCCCCGGAACAGAUGGGACCUGUGCUGUCCCGGAGUUCGUACAUUGAUGACAUCAUCUACGGAGCUCCGUCCUGGGAUGACCUGUGCAAAACACUGAAUGCCCUCCUGUACCGACUGCGGUACUGGAACAUCUCAAGCGAAUUUGGAGUCAAGAAGUGCAAGUACCUCGGGCACGACAUCAGCUCGGACGGAAUCCGGACAUCCCCGAAACUGGCGGAAAAGGUCCUCAACUUGCCUUUCCCGAAGACCCAGAAGGGAGUACAGUCCUUCCUUGGGAGUCUCAACUACUAUGUCAAGUUCAUCGAGGACCUACCCGUGCUUGCGGCCACUCUCUAUGAAACAUCAGACGAGCAACUCCGUUCCGGACGAGAUUUGGAAAAACCUAGGCAC